GUUCCGCCAUUUUGAAUUUCGGAGCCGGCAACGCGAGCGUCAGUCCAUUCUAUUUGUUGUUGCGUAUCAUCCGUGACCCGGCAGUCGGCUAAAGUGCUCUAUAGCUGAUUCACGUUACUAACUUAUUGUCUGCCGUCUAAAAAUCAACAUGUCUGGAUAUCCGUACGGUAACCCUCAGCAGUACCCGCCACCUCAGGGUCAACAAAUAUAUCCUCAAAUUUAUAACCCUGUAAAUGCCGGCGCCCCACCUCCGGGCCAACCCGGUUUCCAGCAGUAUGCGCCACAAUAUCAACCGAGUUUCGGUUACCCGUACCAGCAAGGCCAGCCUGGUCAACCUGGACAGCCGCCGUCAGCAAUGUCGUACCCUAAUGUGUCACAGAUUGCACCUUCGGCCCCUCAGGGUCCAGGUUUUGGAUAUGGUCCCAACCCUGGAUUCCCUCAGGGUUAUGGAUCUCCUAUUGAAUGGAUACCAACAACACCGAGCGAUGCCCACGGCUUGAGUAACCGAGCAGUCGUAGGAGGAUAUGAAGGUCACGAUGGAAGCUCACUGUGGGUCAUCAGGGCUAGAUUUGAGGGAGAUCUCAUUCCCGGCAAAUUGGCCAUAAAACACAACUCCGCUUACGUCGCCUGGGGAGGGAAUGAAAACGCAGUCAGAAGUAUCGAGGUAAUGUGCGCUCCUCCCGACAGGGUUCGGUGGAUGGAUUGCCACGACGGUAACAUACCUCAAAACGCGAUCGUAGCUGGCAACACCAGCUCUGGGGAACCUCUGUACGUCGGCCGAGCCAAGGAACAAGGGUCAUUGACCCCUGGAAAGGUACACCCCAGUCACAAAGUGCUGUAUAUAUCGUUCGCUGGAAAAGAAGUCCCGCACAAAUAUUAUGAAAUCUUAUGUUCAGUAUAAAUAUUAUCUACUGGUAACAAUGUCUUCAGUUUUAUAUGAGAAUUUUAUAAUUAUCAUACAUGUUUGUAUCAGAUAUAACAUUACAAUGUGCUAACAAAGAUGACUGUUUUUUCUGAAGACAAUAAAAUGGUCUGAAGUUUCUCUAGAAACGUAAUGAAUGUUUUUUUUUAUAAAUGCUUAUGGAUGUUAAAAUAUCUAUGGUUAGGAGUCUCCGUUUUGUUAUAUUUUUAUACGUUUUAAUAUUGUACUGUUUUGAAAAUCAAUAUUAUUAUUGUAAAAUUUUUAUGUCUUUGUAAUUAGCAUUUACUCUUUUCUUAAAUAUAUUCCAAAUACAUUUUAAUGGAGUAAA